AUGGCGGUUGGAAAGAACAAGAGACUCUCUAAGGGCAAGAAGGGCCUCAAGAAGAAGACCGUCGACCCCUUCUCUCGCAAGGAUUGGUACUCCAUUAAGGCUCCCAACCCUUUCAACAUCAGAGAUGUCGGCAAGACCCUUGUCAACCGUACAACCGGUCUGAAGAACGCCAACGACGCGCUGAAGGGGCGUGUCGUCGAGGUUUCCCUUGCUGAUCUCCAGAAGGAUGAGGAUCACUCGUUCCGCAAGAUUCGCCUCCGUAUCGACGAGGUUCAGGGCAAGAACUGCCUGACCAACUUCCACGGUCUCGACUUCACAUCCGACAAGCUGCGCUCCCUCGUCCGCAAGUGGCAGUCCCUCAUUGAGGCCAACAUCACUGUGAAGACGACUGAUGAUUAUCUCAUCCGUCUUUUCGCCAUUGGCUUCACCAAGCGCCGCCAGAACCAGAUUAAGAAGACGACCUACGCCGCUUCUUCCCAAAUCCGUGCCAUUCGUCGCAAGAUGACCGACAUCAUCCAGCGUGAGGCUUCCACCUGCACCCUCACCCAGCUUACCUCCAAGCUUAUUCCCGAGGUCAUUGGCCGCGAGAUCGAGAAGGCCACCCAGGGCAUCUACCCCCUGCAGAACGUACACAUCCGCAAGGUUAAGCUUCUGAAGGCUCCCAAGUUUGAUCUGGGUGCUCUGAUGGCUCUUCACGGCGAGUCGGGGACGGAUGACCAGGGCCAGAAGGUCGAGCGGGAGUUCAAGGAGCGUGUCCUGGAGGAGGUUUAA